GUGUGUGUUGCUGCUUCGCCGGCUCCAUGUGAGAAUCGAGUUUACGCAGAGAAAAGUCAACGUCCUUCCCUCGCUUGCUUGUAGAAAAUUUCUUCUAGGCUCGGGUUUUAAACACGGGUUGAGUGAAUUAGCAGGACUGGGGUUUUUUUUCUUUUCUCUAAACAGAGCAAGUUCAUCUCAACUCUCCCACAGAGGAAUUUGGGGUAAAAGCUGGGGACGUGUGCGCGGAUUUCGAAGCUCUAAUUUACUCCCAAACUGGAUAAACUGAACGGCGUCCACUGACAAACUCUUCCCACAGCCCGGGUUCAGCGGUCCAGUCUGAGAGCUGGAGCAGGAUAAGGUGGGACUUGUCUCCUCCACACUCCAGGUUGGGAUUGCUGCUGCAGAUACUAAACGUGUAGUUCCUGAUCACAGGGCAGCCGAAAGAGAACUCUGAGCAGCAGAGGAGAAAAGCCAGACGUCAGGAGUUUUAGAAACACCCAAUACCGGGGCCGCUCAUCGCUGUAUCUCUGUCCACCCAAUCCCGUGAACAUUGCAGGGAAUUUCCAACAUUCAUGUGUGGCAAAGUCGAGUCCAAACUCCGAAAGGAUGUUUCUUUGAGUGAAUGAGAGUGCGUUUAUCUUUGUGUGUGUGUGUGUGUGUGUGUGUGUGUGUGUGUGUGUGUCAGACCAUACAGCUGACCUGUCAAGAGGGGACAUGCCCCUUUAACAGACAAUUACCAAACAAAUGAGUUGUCGCCAUGCUGCCCGGGAUGGUGCGUGUAUUGCAUGCUCUUCUCCCAGUCUUGGUGAUGUGUGCAGUCUCCCAGAGCUUCACUUCAUUGCACAACUAUUAUCCAGUGUUCCUGCGCAACGACACGGAAUUCGAGCAUCUGGCUCUUCACCCUGAACCGGAACUGGGGCGCAUCUACGUGGGUGCCCGUGAUCGCCUGUUCCGGCUAUCCUCAGACCUGCAGCUGGAGGAGGAGGUGGAGACAGGGCCUGUGACGGACAGCCAUGAGUGCCUGCCUCCGAUCAGUCAGACCAGCUGCCCGCUCGCACGCCCAACCAGCAACCACAACAUGCUGCUGCUUAUUGACCCUUACAGCAAGGUGCUGAUCAGCUGCGGCAGUGUGCACCAAGGCACUUGUCAGAAGCGAGACCUGGAUGCCGUGGGCAAUGUGCUUUUUUCAGCCCAGAAACCUGUGGACACACAGUAUGUGGCGGCCAAUAAACCUGAGGUCUCCACCGUGGGGCUGGUGGUGCGACAACAUGGAGAGCGACAACCGGUGCUGUACGUGGGCCGUGGUUACACCAGCAGCCAGCCGCCCAUCUCCACCCGCAACCUAGAAACCGAACCCAUCUUCUCAUAUGAAGAAACCGCAAAGCUAACUGUGGUGGGACGGCUUUCGGAAUACGACCACCACUUUGUUUCAUCCUUUGCACACAAUUCUCAUGUCUACUUUCUGUUCUACCGCCGUGAUUUGAAGUCCCAGCUGCGUGAUUACCGCACAUACGUGUCCCGUGUGUGUCUGGAUGAUACGGCAUACUAUUCGUAUGUGGAAGUUCCACUAAGCUGCCGCUCGGCAGGCGGGAAAAACUACAACCUGCUACAGGCCGCUCGACUGGGACUCCCCAGGGCUGGAGAAACUAGAGGGGUGGAGAAAGAGAUCCUGCUGGGAGUUUUCUCCACGCGUUCUGCCUCGUCCAGCGAGCCCAGCAACGAGUCAGCCCUGUGCAUGUUCUCCCUGCAGGAACUGGAUAAACGCAUCGACGACACUCGAGAUCUCUGUUACACCAGAGUGGGCCGCCAAGACGGACAGGAGGCUGCGUAUAUAGAGUACGAGGUGAAAUCAAACUGCGCCAGUUUGCCACCAACUACUCUCGAAGCUUACCCAUGUGGCUCUGACCACACUCCAAGCCCAAUGGCCAGCUGUGUGCCAGUGGAGGCGGAGUCCAUAUUGGACAGUCCAUUUGCUCGUCUCACUGCAGUAGCUAUUAGCGUAAAAGCAAAUCACACCAUUGCUUUUCUGGGAGACUCUAGGGGAAAUUUACACAAGGUGUUUCUGGGUCCUGACGGUGAGGUGGAAGAAUAUGCCGUUAUUCCCAUUCAGUCGAACGCAGCGAUCAGCAGUGAGCUGACUCUCGAUGACUCGGAGGAGCAUCUGUACAUCAUGACCAGCACUAUGCUGGUGAAAAGGCCUGUCGCGGAGUGUCACCUGCACCUGGACUGUCAGUCAUGUCUCUCCGCUCGAGACCCUUACUGCGGCUGGUGUGUGCUGGAGGGAAGGUGUGGUCAGCGUGGUGAGUGUGCACGCGGGCGACAGGCUGAUCAGUGGCUGUGGAGUUUUGAUAUGGAGCAGCAGUGUCUGACAGUCCAAACCAUCACCCCAUCAAACAUCAGUAGAGAGGAGAGCAGGACAAUCACUCUGUCCAUCCCUGGUCUCCCAAGGCUCAACGAUGGGGAAUCAUAUUCCUGUUUCUUCCAAGACACUUCCUCUCCUGCCACCAUCUCUGAGAGAGGGGUCACCUGCCCCUCACCAGACCCCCAGAAAGUCCCCGCUGUGUCACCCGGCCAAGAUUAUCUCACGGUCACACUAUCCUUGUGCUUUGGUGAUGUCAGUGUGACCUCUCGGGAAUUCACCUUCUAUGAUUGCAGGGUUGUCAAACAGCUUUCUGGGAGUAUGCCUUGUCACGGCUGUGUGUCCAGCAAUUGGGGCUGUAACUGGUGUGUACGCGAGCAUGUUUGUACCCACAAGACACAGUGUGAGCAAGAGGUCAUCAUUUACAACGAAAAUUUCAAAGUCCCCACACCCUCCCCUCCUCCGAGUACACCUGUCAGGAUUACAACAGUCACCCUGAAACAUGCACUAUUUACCACCACACCACCUACUAAGCCUCCAGUUACAACCACUGCACCUACUACAACCACUACAACUACCACUCCAACCACUCAAGCUACAACUACAACUGCCCCGGUGGCAACUACAACCACUGCACCAGCCACAACAUCCACUCCGAUGACGUUGCCCGUAAUUCCUGGACCCACAACUGCUCCCAUCAUCCCCAUGUUGCCAACCCCCCCAUCCCAAAUCACCACCACAACUCCCUCAGCCUCCACACUGCCUGUUCUGAAGGAGCGCACCUCAGAGGAGAUUCUGCUAGCCUCUGAGACAGAGGCAGAAGCCCUUAGCGAAGCCAAGAGUGUUGUGAUCACCAUCUCCAGUCUGGAUACCGGAACGAAAACCGAGCCAUCACUCGUAGCAGCCGAGGACCAGCAGUUGCCGUCAGCGUCGCCCUCACAAGUUGUAGUGUUGCUGUUUCCUGAAGAAGUCACGCCACUAGUGGAACCAGAAACCAGUGCUCCAGAAUUACCUAGCAGCCCACAGAUUGUAGAAGAAUCGCCUCCGUUGGCUGAGCCUCCAACCGAAACUCGAAAAGUAACACGAACCGAGAGUCCCGAGACCGUGGUAACAGACUCUAAACCAGACAUCUCGUACUUAAGGCCUACAGUACCUGCUGUUCUACCAUCUGAUUUGCCCGUGCGCUCGGAGAAGGACGCACCUGAGGUACUGCAAGAGGAACUGAGCAUGGCUGAAAAUGACACGACUACAUUUUCAGCAGCGGCGGUGCUGUCAGGUGACGGAGAAUUAGACCACGCCUCUCCCAGCUACCUUCGUCUCUUGGAUGUGGAUUCCGAGACCGACUACCAGUAUGACAUGGCAGACCUACCGCAGGGAGACGAGGGCUUGUUGGAGAAUUGGGGUUCCUCUGCGUGUCCUUGUGUUGAGAAGGUUCAGGGUUCACCACUGCUGCCUGUACAGACAGAGAGGAAGAUUAAUCUGUUGGCCCGCAACCUUCACCUCUAUCAGGACCCAGACUUGCAGUACGAGUGUGUCUUGGUGAUUGAGGGACGGACUGUGGUGGUGGAAGCUUACGUAGAGAACGAUGCCACGAACCCGUCUCUUUUUGACAUUACCUGUCAGCAUCACCAGUAUUCCUACUCCGCCCUGGUGGAGGAGUACAAUGCCAUGGUGUACGUGAAGAGGAGAGACACCUUUCAUGUGGACAGUGCUAAUGGACUCUUUGUAACUUUGUACAACUGUUCGGUGGGCCGUUCAGACUGCAGUCAGUGUCACACAGCAGAUCAGAAGUACGAUUGUGUGUGGUGCGGCGAGGGUCAGUCAAGCUGUGUGCACAAAGAGACCUGCUCAGCGGGUGUCAGAGACACAUGUCCCGCGCCUGUCAUUCUCUCUAUCGAGCCUCUGACGGGGCUGAAGGAGGGAGGCACCACUCUCACCAUCAGUGGCUCCAACUUGGGCCAGAAAGCUGAUGACAUCUUACAGUCAGUCAGUGUGGCUGGCAUUUCCUGUACAGUUAUACCAGAACUGUAUGAGAUAUCAUCCAGAAUUGUGUGUACAACCGGAGAGAGCAGAGAGGAGAAGUCGGGUCACGUCUCAGUAGAAGUGUCUGGUGCAGGGCGCAAAGGUCUCUCCACUCAGACAUUCAGCUACCAGGAACCAGUACUGGAAGGGGUGAGUCCCCAGAGAGGACCCCGUGCAGGGGGAACCUCUCUCACCAUCACAGGCAAAAAGUUACUGACCGGCAGAUCCAGUGACAUCAGUGUGCUACUGGGCAAUGUCCCCUGUGUCACUGUGUCAGAUGUGCAGGAAGGCAGGAUCGAGUGCAUCACUGGAGCCAGCAACGAGACUGGAGAGCACACAGUAACAGUGCGCUACGGCAACCGUGAGCGCAAUCUCAAUGGCAUCCGCUUUCACUACACCCCAGAUCCUAACAUAACACAAGCCACGCCCUCGAAAAGCUUCAUCAGUGGUGGCCGCGUGAUCAGCGUGUCUGGCCACAACUUGGAUGUAGUCCAGGAGCCACGGAUCCGAGUGACCGUGACCAGGAAAAGAGGUAGUAGGCGGAGAAGAAGGAGAAACAGAGGGAGUGUUCUAGCUGCGGGCGUUGAGAAUGGUUUAUUGUGGAGAAAGAAGAGGAUGAUUCCUGAAGUAGACGGUCCAGAAAACACUAGCGCAAGUUUUGAAGAACGGUGUGAGGUGAACACUUCCUCUCUACUGCUGUGUCGUAGCCCUGGUAUAAGCUCUGAGAUGCUAAACGCUGAUGUGCAGGUGGAAUUUCUUCUGGAUAACUUGCGCUUCGAUUUUAACUCAAUCAGCCAAACGUCUUUUACCUACGAGCCUAACCCCACCCUCUACCCUCUCAACCGCCUUCACCCCACUGAGCCCUACCGCUACAAACCUGGUUCAGUCAUAUUGUUAGAGGGGCACAAUCUAGACCUAGCUAUCUUUAAAGAGGAGGUGGUGGCUCUCAUUGGCGAGGGCAUAUGUACGGUUAAAACUCUGACUAGGAUCCACCUGUACUGCGAGCCACCGGCACAGCAGCCCAACCCCUCCCACAGCCACGGACGCAAGAGAGAAGGCGCUGAUGCACUCCCAGAGUUCACAGUACAUAUGGGGAAUCUGAACUUUUCUCUGGGCAGAGUGCAGUAUGACACCAUCAGUCAGUCCACAUUUCCUUUGGAGGCUCAGAUAGGGGUUGGAGCAGUGGCUUCUCUCGUCGUCCUUAUCGUCGUGAUCAUUGUUCUCAUUUACAGGAGGAAGAGUAAACAGGCUCUGAGGGAUUACAAGAAAGUUCAAAUUCAGCUUGAGAAUCUAGAGACGAGUGUGAGAGACCGCUGCAAGAAAGAGUUUACAGACUUGAUGACUGAAAUGAUGGACAUGUCAAGUGAUCUGGUGGGAUCUGGGAUUCCGUUUUUGGAUUACAAGAUGUACGCCGAGCGCAUCUUUUUCCCGGGUCAUCGCGAGUCGCCACUGCGCAGGGACCUGGAUGUGCAGGAUUGCAGACGCGCCACGGUGGAGCAGGGCCUUGUCCAACUUUCCAACCUGCUCAACAGCAAACUCUUCCUCACCAAGUUUAUCCACACUUUGGAGAGCCAGAGGACAUUCUCUCCCAGAGACCGAGCCUACGUGGCCUCUCUGCUCACUGUAGCCCUACAUGGCAAGCUGGAGUACUUCACUGACAUUCUGAAAACAUUGCUCAAUGACCUGGUGGAGCAGUACGUCGCCAAGAACCCCAAACUCAUGCUCCGAAGAACUGAGACUGUUGUGGAGAAGCUCCUGACCAACUGGAUGUCUAUAUGCCUUUAUUCUUUCCUGAGGGACUCGGCGGGGGAGUGUUUGUACAUGCUUUUUCGAGCCAUAAAGCACCAGGUGGAUAAAGGGCCUGUGGACGCAGUGACUGGCAAAGCCAAAUACACCCUCAACGACAGCCGACUGCUCCGAGAGGACCUGGAGUAUCACACGCUGACACUGAAUGUGCUGAUGCAGGGAGCAGGAAUGAAUGAGACUCAGCCAGUAGCAGCUAAAGUACUGGAUUGUGACACUAUAACCCAAGUCAAAGAGAAGAUUCUAGACCAGGUCUAUAAGGGAACCUCAUACUCCCAUAGACCGCACACAGACUCACUGGACCUGGAAUGGCGUUCAGGAGUCGCGGGUCACCUCAUUCUCUCCGAUGAAGAUCUGACGUCUGUGGUACAGGGCAACUGGAAACGCCUCAAUACACUUCAGCAUUACAAGGUUCCUGAUGGAGCUACAGUCGCUCUGGUGCCGCGACAUAGCAAACAUGUCCACCAUGACAACCAUGACUACGUGGCAGGAGAGAAGACGCCCAUGCUGGAGGAUGCGGAUGAGGGUGGAGUCAGACUGUGGCAUCUUGUGAAGGCCAGCGAGGAACCCGAACUGCCCAAACACAGAAGAGGCAGUUUAAAAGAGAGAGAGAGGGCCAAAGCCAUACCGGAGAUCUACCUCACACGACUGCUCUCCAUGAAGGGCACGCUUCAGAAGCUUGUCGAUGAUCUGUUCACCGUGAUUCUGAGCACAAGUCGACCCGUUCCCCUCGCUGUGAAAUACUUCUUCGACCUGCUGGACGAUCAGGCGACUCAUCACGGCAUCUCCGACCCAGAAACGAUCCAUAUUUGGAAAACCAACAGUCUGCCUCUGCGCUUCUGGAUCAACAUCGUGAAGAACCCUCAGUUCAUCUUUGACGUGCAGGCGUCUGACAACGUGGAUGCUGUCCUGUCCGUCAUCGCCCAGACCUUCAUGGAUUCCUGCACCAUUGCUGAGCACAAACUGGGCAGGGACUCCCCCAUCAACAAGCUGCUAUAUGCCAGAGACAUUCCUCGUUAUAAGCAGAUGGUGGAGAAGUACUACGGUGACAUCCGACAAACCAUCCCGGCUAGCGAUCAGGAGAUGAACUCUGCCUUAGCUGAGCACUCCAGGAAUUAUUCAGGAGAGCUGAAUUACCUGGUGGCCCUGCAUGAGCUGUACAAGUACAUCAACAAAUAUUACGACCAGAUCAUCACUGCCUUAGAAGAAGACACCACAGCUCAGAAGAUGCAGCUUGGUUAUCGUCUUCAGCAGAUCGCAGCCGCGGUGGAAAACAAAGUGACAGACUUGUAAAUAAGAGAUCACGAUGAGAUGAUUGCUAGGAGGGGGGAAAGAAAUAAGGCGAAGGUGAAAGACAUUGGUUGCACUGAACUAUGGACCUGCUGUAUGUAUUGACUGCCGAGAGGUGUGUAGAAGCAGUAAACGAGAACCACGUCGACUUAAAGGACGGAGUAAACACACUGCCACUUUACGUAGGAAAAGAGAGCGCGGCGUGCGAUGAGACUAACAUGGUUUCUGUCAUUAUUUGAGAGAUUAGCGAAUGGGAGACUCCUCGGCAUUCGCCGAACGAUGGAGCAGGUUCAGGAGGCAGUUGUCUUGUGGUCCUUCAGGAGAAAACAAGGAGGACAUGGUGGGACGUGACACGUGCGAAGCCGCUGCAAGAGGAACCGCCACGUUGUCCGUCUCCUCCACUACUCGCAGUUUUCCCAACACAAAGAGCGAUUGUGGUCUCGCCGGUUCCAGCCACUUACGCCAUUCAAAAUCAGUACUGACUGACAACGCGCUCGGUUUUGUUCCACAUGGACAGAUAUUUACUGAGGAGGACUCGUACAGGUUAAAAACAUAAUCUGUGCCUCACACAACAUUUGCUUCUUCCUGCCGUUCUCUACCUCCUCGUAUGUUUUUUUUUCUUUUCUUUUCUUUUCUUUUCUUUUUCUUCUUUCCGAUUCUCUCUACGUCAUUCUUGCUUUCUGCGUGUUUUGUCAGUAUGCAGACUAUUCCCAUCCGUGCAGCCGUUACUGUGUGUGAGCUAGUAUGAUGAAGUGAUGGGCUUUGUCUAUUGACAUUUUAUCUCUCCCGCCUAUCGUCACUGGCAGGGAGCGAAAGAGAGGAGAACGUUCAUGGUGUAAAACAUCCAGGCGGAACCUUGUCGUUUUAGAUUGUUAUUUAUUUAAUAUUAGCACAUUUAACAUGCUUCUUCAAUUUCUUCCACAACUGUCUGUAUCAUCCGUCCAAGUCAUUAAAAGGAGCUCUGAUAUGGAAAGAAAAACGCAGGCAAAAACUGACCGUUUUCUCUAAUCUAGCACUCGAAUGCAUUUCAACAUUUGUCUGUUGUAUUAAUGUAUUUUCUCUGUGUGGCACUAAAGAGAGAGUUGGUGAUAUAGUUGUUUCUGGUUGUGUGUGUGUGUGUCUGUCUGUGUGUCUGUCUCUCUCUCUCUCUCUCUCUCUCUCUCUCUCUCUGUCUGCCUGUCUCUCUCUCUGUGUCUGCCUGUCUCUCUCUCUCUCUCUCUCUCUCUCUCUCUCUCUGUGUCUGCCUGUCUCUCUCUCUCUCUCUCUGUGUCUGCCUGUCUCUCUCUCUCUCUCUGUAUCUACCUGUCUCUCCUUCUUUCUCUCUGUGUCUACCUAUCUCUCUCUCUCUCUCUCUCUCUCUCUCUGUGUCUACCUGUCUCUCUCUCUCUGUGACUGCCUGUCUCACUCUCUCUCUGUCUGUCUGUCUCUCUCUCUCUGUCUGUCUGUCUGUGUCUCUCUCUUUCUGUGUCUGUCUGUCUCUCUCUCUGUCUGUCUGUCUCUCUCUCUCUGUCUGUCUGUCUGUGUCUCUCUCUUUCUGUGUCUGUCUGUCUCUCUCUCUCUCUCUCUCUGUGUCUGUCUGUUUCUUUGUCUGUCUGUCUCUCUCUCUGUGUCUGUCUGUCUCUCUGUGUCUGUCUCUCUGUCGGUCUGUCUGUCUCUCUCUCUCUCUCGCUCUCUCUGUGUCUGCCUCUCUGUCUGUCUGUGUUUCUGUGUCUGUGUCUCUCUCUCUCUCUCUCUCUCUCUCUGUGUGUGUGUGUGUGUGUGUGUGUGUGUGUGUGUGUAAGAAUCACUGGAAAGGCAGUACGCAGGAAUACAACUCUGUAAAUCUGUACGGUGUAAUGACUGAAGUAUCCUCUAUAUUUGGACAAAGUUAUCGGUUCUGUUCUAACAUUCCUUUUAUGUGUUAUGAGAGAAACUGAUCUCAUAAUCAUUAGCCUUUUAAAAGUAUUUUUGCUUGUGCGUGUGGGUGGGAUGCCAGACGUGUUCAGUUCAUACUAGAGUAUAGGGUCAAUAUUUUGUUUUCCAUUUACAUUUCUUGACAUAAACACUUUGAUGGAACACGUUCAGUUUAUGGAGGCAGGUUUUUGGCAACCUCCAGCUUAUCAUUUUCAACAAGUGGUUGGAUCACUAGCCAUUUUAAUUUUAGGGUUGUUUUAUUUGUUUUUUUUGUUUAAAUUUUAUUUUUGUUGUUGUUUUUAACAAAAGGUGAUUAGCAUCCAUCCUGAAACAGACACAUAGAAAGGGAGCGAAAACUUCAAAUCGACACAGUUAACUUAAAAAGAGGGGUUAAUAUGCAGAAAGAGGGAACUAGUGAUGCAUAAAUGGUUCGGUGGUACAUUAAAUGUAAGACGCACGGACCACACGUGUAAUUAGUGGUGUGAACAGAUGUAAUUGUACAAGAUCAAAUAUGUGCAGAAGUUUCAGAAGGAAUUAUAAAAGCUAUAACUGUUCAUAGGUUCUAUAAAUUAUGUGUAGACUAGAGCAGGCUCUUUUGAAGUUUUAAAAGAUGUUAAUAUCAUCAUAUGUAAUGAUUGUCUUUCAGCUGUAGCUUCUUACCAACAGUAUGUGAAAAAUUUUUACAAAUUAUAUGGAGAUUUAAUAAAAUAUUCUAAAUGAA